AUGGCACCAAUUCGGUGGGAUGGGAUAUUGGCACAGUCAGGUAACUUUUCCUAUUGGUGGAAUGCAGUAAUGGAAGCAGCAAAAAGGAAACAAGGUCAGAGCCACAUUGAGCUAACAACAACAUACUUUGGCAAAUUUGGAAGGCAAGGAAUGACUGGCAAAUACAACUCAAAGCAGAAACAUCCUUUGAAGAUUGCUCACAAAGCUCAAAAAGAUUGGCAGGAGCAGAUAGCUGUCUAUGAGGAUAUCGACACCAGAUGGCUGGAAGGGGAGUGUGGCAAAGAAUCACAGGGGACAAGUGAAGACAGCUUGGGCCAUGAGGGACAAUACAUUUGCUUAUGGUUUUAUCUUGUUCUGUUCUACUGCUUCUUUGCGGUGCUUACUCUUUUCUCUGAGGCUACUCCAUUUUAUCGUGCAGAUUACCAGCCUAUGUUUAAGCUAGUCAGGUUGCUAGUGCAGACAUAUGUUCCUCCUGUUACUGAGGAGGGUGGAAAACAAGCUACAGACAUCGUCAUUAAAAUCUUGCAGCUGUCAUUGUUCAUUGUUGAUGCCCACAAAGCUAAUGACCUGUCAGCUCUCUCUGAUUUUUCAUGUCAGUUGGUUCCCAUAUUUAGUUUGAAGAAUCCUGGUUUGCUGACUUUUCUUAAAGACCUUGUGUCAAGGGACUCCAAUGUUCUCAAAAUAUUCAGGAUUAAUAUUAUAAGUGCAUUGAAUGAUUUAACCAACAUUUCAGAAGAAGAAACUGUAUAUUUGCUGCUAGAUUGUGUGAGAAUCUUAAAAUGCCAAGUCUCGUUCUUUGAUGGUAUCUCAAAAGACAAGCUUUCAAGAAUUUAUGAUUUGGUUCAGCAAAGCAUCAGUUACUGGAUAGGAAUGAUCAGUAAUUCGUUACAUGGAGAUUUAUCUUCUCUUCAGUUGGAACAGAGCAGGCUGGCUCUCCUGUGGGGGACUGUCAAAUGCUAUCCCUAUUUGUUCAAUGGCCAGGAGAAUCUGACAUUACUGUUGGACCUUGUAAAUGCUAUCGAUGAGCUUCUGAUGACUGAAUCUGGAUUGGCAGAUCUUACUUGGCAGAGCCUAAUUGGUGCUGCUUUGGGUUCUUAUAAAGAAAUGCUCUCCAGCAGUGGAACUGGAUGUGAAGAGUCUGCAAUAAGCAAAUUCCUGUAUCUGGCAAAAAAAUACCACUCAUCUUCUCAAAUAUUAGCCCCCAUAGCUGAUAUUUUGGAUUCACAUUUUGGAUCUGUGAUUAAAGGGUGCACCAGCUUUAGAAGAUAUCACCCAGAUCUUGCAGCCAGGAAUGUAAUCGAUGCAUUAGACAUAUUGGCUGAAAAUCUGUGCAACUGUGAUCAAAUGCUUCGACGGUCGACCCUCAGAAUUUUGUGCCACUAUGAACCUUUGAAGUUUGAAUCUUCUUUUAACAGACAGCCAGAUGAGAAAACUGCUGGAAAUGAUAUUAUGCAGACCUUUAAUGUUGAUGUUCGUGGUGAUAAUGUUCUAGAGCUUCUCCUUUCAGUUGAAACUACUGAGCCUUCAUCUACUGAUAGAAAAAUUGAGCUUCUAUUAUCCCGGAUCCAGGUGAAUGUAUCUGCCCGGAGGAUAGAUGAGAAUUAUGUGCCAGCCCUGUUAUAUGGCUUGAUUGGCAUCUUCCACAUUCGGCUUAGCAACUUAUGGAUUCCAGCUAAGGAGUGUCUUGCUGUUCUAAUAAGCCAAAACUUUGGAAUUGUAUGGGAACCGUACAUGAAAUAUCUGGACCACUGUCAGUCAUUGUUUCUGAUAUCUUGUGAUCAAUCUAGCAGAAGUGGUACCAAAUCACUUAAUCAGUCAAGUGGUAUAUUUGGUUGGAUACUUCAAUUUGUCUAUCAAUCCCCAUGUGGUAGUACGCCGUGCGCUACACUUUUCUCAUUAAUGAUUCAAUCGCUGCAAAAAGUUCCAUUUCUAGCUGAAACUCGGUCACGACAAUUAAUGCCUUUUUUCUUGAAGUUUCUGGGAUAUAGUGUUGAUGAUCUUUUGAGUGUUGAGUUAUACAAUGUACAUUGUUGCAAGGGCAGAGAGUGGAAGGAGGCCCUUAAAGAGUUGUUAAACUUGUUUAGGUUGCUGCGGAAUCCAAAGUCUUUUUAUCAGAGCCAAUUCAUCAAGGAUGUUUUUCUAUAUAGGCUUCUGGAUGAAACAGAUACUGAGUUACAGUUAAAGGUUCUUGAUUGCCUUUUAAACUGGAAGGAUGAAUUCUUACUUCCUUACAGUCAGCAUCUGAAAGAUCUGAUCAAUGCAAAGAAUUUGAGAGAGGAGCUAACGACGUGGAGCUUGUCCAGGGAAUCUAAUGAAAUCGAUGAACAUCAUAGGGAUUUCAUUGUGCCUAUUGUCAUUCGGAUAUUGGUACCAAAAGUCAAGAAACUAAAAACUCUUGCUUCUCGAAAGCAUGCAAGUGUACAUCAGAGAAGGGCAAUACUUGGAUUCUUAGCUGAGCUUGACAUUCAAGAGCUUCCUCUAUUUUUUUUCUUGUUGAUAAAGCCUCUUCAAGGUACUUCAGUAACAGCUGAUGUGAGCAGACAGUGUCUUUUGAGUUCAUCAGAGAGCGUUAAGGAUGAAUUUGAUUCAAUUAGCAUCUUGAAGCAAUUUACUGUGGAUGGCUUAAAGGGGCUUUCUUGGAAGAAGAAAUUUGGUUUCUUGCAUGUCAUUGAAGAGAUUUUAGCUGUUUUUGAUGAAUACCAUAUAAAUCCUUUUCUUAAUCUACUAAUGGGCUGUGUUGUACGGGUACUCGAAAGCUGCACGGCUGCUUUAGAGAGCUCAAAAUGCAAAGAACCGUCUCUAACUGAUUCUGGCUUCAAUGUGGCAGCAGCUUAUGAUAUUGUUGACAGGGAAAUAGAUAUUGUGACUAGCACAGCUGUGAAGCAAUUCAAGGAAUUGAGAUCUUUAUGCCUGAAGAUUGUUUCUUCUGCUCUUGCUAAGUAUGAGAAUCAUGAUUUUCAUUCCGAGUUUUGGGACCUUUUCUUUACAGCAGCGAGUCCUUUAAUAGGCAGUUUUAAGCAAGAAGGUGCGAGUAGUGAGAAGCCAAGUUCACUAUUCUCUUGCUUCCUUGCUAUCAGUAGAAGCAUCAAGUUUGUGCCACUGUUGGGUAGAAAGAAGAAUCUUGUUCCCGAUAUAUUUUCGAUGUUUACCAUCACGACCGCAUCUGAUGCGAUCAUAUCUUGUGUUUUUAAGUUCGUUGAAAACUUACUAAAUCUUGACAGUCAGCUGGGGACUGAGGAUGGUUCUGUCAAAAGAGUGUUGCUUCCUCACCUCAACGUACUUGUAGAUAGUCUACACUGUCUGUUCACUAUUGAUAGUGGAACAAAGAGGUAUGUGGUCAGGCAUCCUGCAGAUAACGAGCUCUUUGUGUUCAAAUUAUUGUCGAAGUACAUAACGGAGCCUUUAACAGCCAAGAAAUUUGUUGAUAUCUUGCUUCCACUUCUCGCAAAGAGACUCCGAAACUCUGAUUCUUGUGUUGUCAUUUUACAGAUACUUCAAUCUGUGGUUGAAGUUGUGGGAAGUGAAAAUAAUUCUAAAAUUUUGAGUUCAGUAUCUCCCUUGCUUACAUUUGCUGGGCUGGAUGUCAGGAAGUCCAUUUGUGAUGUUCUUAAUGCUCUUGCUAAAGAUGAUUCUUCUGUCUUUGUCGUGGCAAAGCUUCUGAAUGAAAUGAAUGCAACCUCCACAAUGGAUAUUGGGUCCCUUGAUUAUGACAAAAUUGGUGCAUAUGAAAAGAUCAACAGGGAGUUUUUCCACACGGUGGGGAAAGAGCAUGCACUGAUCAUUUUGUCUCAGUCUGCAUAUGACAUGUCAUCUGAAGAGUUGAUCUUCCGGCAGAGUGCAUAUAGAUUGUUGCUCUGCUUUGUUGAAUUUGCCUCUGAAAUUGUUGAGUCAAAGGAUAAAUCUGAUCAAGGGUGCUGGACUGAAGCUCUUAUUCAACAUAUUGUAACUAGCUUUCUUUUGAAGCAUAUGGGAAAUGCAAUGAAUAGGGAAACUUCUGUUCAAAAGCUUUGGAUUGAUUUACUGCGAGAAAUGGUGUUGAAGCUUCCAAAGGUUGCAAACCUCGAAUCUUAUGGAACUUUGUACAGUCAAGAUCCAGAGCAGGAUUUCUUCAAUAAUGUUAUUCAUUUACAGAAACACAGGCGAGCCAGGGCACUUUCUCGAUUUUCGCAGUUCAUUAGUACAGGAAAUCAUUCUGAGAUUGUUAGCACCAAAGUGUUUAUCCCACUCUUUUUCAAUUUGUUAUUUGGUGUACAAGAGGGGAAGGGUGAAAAUGUCAGAAGUGCAUGUAUGGAGGCUAUUGCAUCAAUUGCUGGUUGCAUGACCUGGAAACAGUACUAUGAACUAUUAAUGAACUGCUUUCGAGAAAUGACUAAACGAGAGAAGCAGAAGGUCAUAUUGCGAUUAAUAUGCUGUAUUCUGGACCACUUUCACUUCUCUGAAACUCCUGCAGAGGGUGUCUUCGUGCCGAAGCUUUUGAGAAUAUCUUCUAGAGAAUUGAGGAGAUGCACACAGCCAGCUAAAUUUUCUGAUAUACAGACGUGUAUUCAGAAGACAAUGCUUCCCAAGAUACAAGAAUUGCUAUCUGAUUCUGAUAAUGUGAAUGUGAACAUCAGUCUAGUUGCCCUUAAGUUACUCAAAUUACUUCCUGGUGAAAUUAUGAAUUUGCAACUUCCAAAUAUUGUUCAUCGCAUCUCCAACUUCCUUAAGCAUCGCUUGGAGAGUGUUCGAGAUGAGGCUAGAUUGGCUUUGGCUGCUUGUUUAAAGGAGCUAGGGUUGGAGCACCUACAAUUCAUGGUCAAAGUCUUGAGGGGCACCCUCAAAAGGGGAUCUGAAUUGCACACACUUGGUUAUACGCUGAAUUUUAUAUUGUCAAAGUUUCUUAUCAAUCCCAUUAGGGGGAAGUUGGAUUCUUGUCUUGAAGAUCUUUUUUCGGUGAUAGAGAUUGAUAUACUUGGAGAUGUUUCUGAGCAGAAAGAGGUGGACAAAAUUGCUUCAAAAAUGAAGGAGACUCGGAAGCAGAAGUCAUUUGAAACCCUCAAAUUGGUUGCGCAAAACAUCACAUUUAGAACCCAUGCUGUGAAGCUCCUUUCUCUUGUUACAGCUCAUCUACAGAAGCAGCUAUCUCCAAAACAGAAAUCGAAAUUGGAGAAUAUGUUGAAUCACAUUGCUGAUGGAAUUCAGUCUAAUGCGUCUGUAGAUCAAACUGAACUGUUUAUAUUUGUAUAUCGCCUCAUUAAGGAUGGCAUAGAUGAUGUAAAUCAUGAACGCAAACACGUAUAUAUGUCAGAGGCAGGGAAAGGAGACUGUGAUUUGGUGGAUAGUCAAAUGAUUAAUUCAGACAGGUUAAUAAAUCUUGAGCCCAGAUAUUCUCACUUAAUUACUGGUUUUGCACUUGGAUUAUUGCAAAAUCACAUUAAGGGCAUGAAACUGAACAGAAAAGACGAGGAGCAGCUGUCACUGUUAGACCCUUUGGUUCACUUGUUGGGUGAUUGCUUGAGUUCAAAAUACGAGAACAUUGUGACGACAGCACUCAGAUGCCUUUCUCCUCUGGUACGAUUACCUCUGCCCUCCCUUGAAUCCCAGUCUGACAAGAUAAAGAAUUCUUUAUUGUUUAUUGCUCAACGUUCAGCAAAUGCUGGCAGUCCUUUGGUGGAGUCUUGUUUGAGGCUGUUGACUGUGCUUCUUCAUAACACUGGUGUUACGCUUUCAGCAGAUCAGUUGCACAUGUUAAUUCAGUUUCCUUUAUUUGUUGACAUAGAAAGAAAUCCAUCUAUUGUGUCCCUUUCCCUUCUAAAAUCAAUAGUGAAUAGGAAGCUGGUAGUUCCUGAGAUAUAUGAUGUCGUCAAGAGUGCAGAGCUGAUGAUAACCAGCCAAGUGGAAUCAAUACGUAAGAAAUGUAGUCAAAUUUUACUCCAAUUUUUGCUUGACUAUCAUCUGUCAGAGAAACGCUUGCAGCAGCAUCUUGAUUUCUUUCUUGCGAAUCUCAGAUAUGAACAUUCUUCUGGAAGAGAAGCUGUACUUGAAAUGCUGCAUGCCAUUAUAAUGAAGUUUCCAGCAAGUAUUCUUGAUGAGCAGUCACAGACGAUAUUUGUGCGUCUGGUGGUUUGUUUGGCUAAUGACCAUGACAACAAAGUCCGUUCCAUGACUGGUGCUUCUAUAAAGCUGCUUAUUGGGCGUGUCAGUUCUCGCUCACUUAAAUCCAUUCUUGAGUAUAGUGUCUCCUGGUAUGUGGGCGAAAAACAGCAUCUAUGGAGUGCUGCAGCACAGGUACUAGGGUUACUGGUGGAAGUUAUGAAGCAAGGAUUUCAGAAACAUAUUAGUGAUGUACUGCCAAUGAUGAGAAGAAUUCUUCAGUCUGCUGUCAAUCAUAUUGCUAUUAGCCAACUGAAUGUCUCCAAUGAAGGGGUUCCCUUGUGGAAGGAAGCUUAUUAUUCACUGGUUUUACUGGAGAAGAUACUGAACCAAUUCCAGAAACUAUGCUUUGAGAAGGAUCUUGAGGAGAUAUGGGAGAUGAUCUGCGAGUUCCUAUUGCACCCACAUUUGUGGUUGCGAAACAUAUCAAGUCGUUUAGUGACAUUGUACUUUACACACGUAACUGAAUCUUGCAGAGAAGCAUGCUUUCUCAUGAGACCAACUAGACUUUUCCACAUAGCAGCCUCACUUUGCUACCAACUGAAAACACAGCCACCAGAUGAUGCUGCCAGCACCUUGAUUACGCAUAACCUUGUCUUUACAAUUUGUCAUUUGCAUUCGCUCCUACGACAGAUUGAAUAUGUUGAUUUUCCAAAGUUCUGGUCUCAGCUUGAAGAUAAAGAGCAAGGUUGUUUCUUAAAAGCUUUCCAUAUGCUGGAUUCAAGGAAGGGAAGCACAUUAGCAUAUCUUACCUCUGACCUUGGUGUGCCACACAGUGAACAGAAAAAUAAGCCCCAACAAUACUUUAUUGUUUCUUAUCUGCUCAAAAGAAUGGGAAGGAUAUCUCUGGCAAUGGAGACUAUACAGAUGAAAGUUGUAUUCCAUUGUUUCAAGUUGAUCUCACCAACACUUCUUGGAGAAUACAAGAAUACAACACUGGUCCUGGAGGAUAGUGGGCAAAAUUAUUCUUACCAGAUGCUGGUACCUCUAUACAAAGUCUCUGAAGGAUAUGCCGGUAGAGUUGUUUCAGAUGAUAUGAAGCAGUUAGCACAAGAGGUUUGUGAAAGCAUUCGAGAUAACAUGGGAAUGCAGAACUUUGUUCAAGUUUACAGUCAAAUACAGAAAGAUCUCAAAGCAAAGAGGGAUAGGAGGAAACACGAAGAAAAGCUCAUGGCUGUGGUUAAUCCUGUUCGAAAUGCUAAGAGAAAGCUGAGGAUUGCAGCUAAGCAUCGUGCGAACAAGAAAAGAAAAAUAAUGACUUUGAAGAUGGGAAGAUGGAUGCGUUGAAAACUGUAAAGACUGGCAUACAUGCGGGUGAUCAGACGUAUCUGAAUCACAGGACUGGUGCCAUCACUUUUGGAAUAGAUGCUUUUGUAAAAUUCCUGGCUCAAAGGCAUGUAUCCAGCAACUGGCUUGGAUGGGCGUGAGGAGUGUUGCCUGGUGCUUAUUGCCCUGCAGGGGCGGAACAUUUUCAAUUUCAGGUAAAAUGAGCUGAGAAGACAUUUUCUGCAUCAUGCAGGCGUCUGGUUUCAAGUGUUAUACGUUAUACGACCAUGUUGAGUUUACAGAAAAAGUUUUGGUAGCGUAAAUUGUGGUAAAUGCAACUAGGGUUUAGUAAAAAAGUGAAAUAUCUUUUAGAAUUUAGCAUACUUGGGCAAAUGUAUCUUUAGAUAUCAUGCAUUUGUUAACCUCGAUACUUUCAUAGUAGUAAUGAUAUUUAGCAACAUCCUUAACUAAAUAGUUACUGCAGUGAGAUCAAAGGCACGAGCAAUUGCACUACAACAGUUGAUUGGAGGGUCAUAUGAUUUGUCUGAUUCGUCUGUGUUAGAUAUUAAAACAUCUCUUCUACCUUA